AUGGAACAACUCAUCCAUCAACACAAGAAGUAUGAACACGUGCUCAAACAUGGGCACCUGUUUGGGGAUAAGCACGGGUUCUAUUUUAACCCUUAUAGUUUCAGCGCCGUGAACAAGGCAAACUGCCAUUGGAUUGAAAAACCCAAAGGCUAUCAGCCCGGCCGUGGAAACCACGAUCCCAUCCAUGUUGCUAUUGGAUUACGGGACGACUAUGAUUUCUCAUCAGACAUUUGGAGCUUGGUCCGCAAGGCUGCAAUUAAGUUCCGCCCAAGGAACUUGACGCUUAAGCCAGGUCAGAAGCUCACGCUCAAGCACUAUGGCCCAUUGACGAAGAAGAAAAUUAAUGAUUAUAUGUACAAACAAUUUCCUUUCUUGUACCACACGCGCAAUGAGUUGGGUGAGGAUAGCUGGGCAAUCAAUGUGAUGCUGAGCUUGUAUUUUGCCUCAAACAGUGCUUACACAAAGGCCGGCAAAAACAAGAAAGCAAAACUAUAUCUCAAGCGCAAUGAGUCUGGGGGACAAGACAACCAGGACGGGAGAGACAAGGAGGACAAUGGGGAUCGAGAUGAUUACCAGGACGUUGAGGACAAGAACGACCCUGAUACUAACAAGGCUGCCUACCAGGACGACUACAUCCUCAACGCUUGUCGUCUCAAGACCACCCAGACGGCACUUCCUUCAAAUUUCCUGCCCAAAAAACGAGCCGACCAUGACCUCAAGAACAAACGGCCCAAGGCACGUGCAGACAGACGCUACAAUAAGGACGAGGAUGACGAGGACAACAAGGACAACAAGGACAACAAGGACAACAAGGACAACAAGGACAACAAGGACAACGAGGACAAGGAACCGGACUUGCCGCCUGAGCCAACCCCUGCUCAGCGCCGACGUGCCGAUAAGGUUGUUGCACAAGAAACCGCCCGCAACAAGACUUUCAGCAACUCUAAGGGCAAGGCGGGAGCAAAGCUGACAGCUGCGUCAAAGCCUGGUAAAAAGGGAAAGGAGCUGGGGGCUUUACCGGAAGCUUCCAAGUCAAGCGGCCGUCGUCACAAGGAAGCAAAGGGUAAUAGUGACAAGGAUGAGAGUCAGGAUGAGGACGACAAACAGAGAGUGACCAAGCGUCCCGUUAUUGAAAGCUCCCCCAAGCCCAAACCUGUUGAGACUACAAAUAAAAAGUCUACUGUGCUGCAGGUGAACGCAAGAGAACACAAGGUCAACAGGAAGGGGAAGCGUAAACAGCUUUCACCGACGGUGGAUACCAACAAGGAUGCCGAGAAAGAGGAGCUUGAGCCCCCACGUUGGAGGCGCCCGCCCGUGAAGGUGCGUCAGACGCAGCAAGACAAUCACAAAGAUGAAGAGCUCCUGCCCCUGCCUCCUCGCAUUACUCACAACUUGAGCUCAGCAAAGCAUACCCGCUUGAUGGAUGAGCCUCAAGUCGGCCCGUCAAAAUCAGCCAUAGAAGCCGUUCACACGACCCAGAUCAACUCAGAACAGCUUGUUAACACGGGCAAGGCAAAAGCGGUUGGAGUUAUCAAGAUUAAACGGCCACCGCAACACUCCUCUUGCGAACUUCGUCCUUCCACGUGGAACCGCCCCACACACCCACGCAAUGUACAAUGCCGACUCGUCCAAUUCCUCACCGGACACGGCUUUUAUGGGGCAGAUAGCGCUCGUUUUCACCCACACAUAGAUCCGCAGUGUUUGUGCGGCAAACCGUUACAAACGCCCAAACACCUGCUCAUGUUCUGCCCGGACACGGAAGAGUACAGACGCAUCAUCACGGAGAUUUCACCUGAACGCUCCUGGGAGGAGAUUUUUGGAACACUACCGGGACUGGAGGCGGUAUCUGAGUUCAUACUGAAGUCGGGAAUCGGGAAGUGUAGAGAUCCACCGGCAACCGCUCAACCCCUGUAA